AAAAAAGUAAAUCCAGACUUACAAGUAGAAGUAAAGCCUAGUAUUCGAGCAAGAAAAAUUCAAGAAGAGAAGAUGAGGAAGCAGUUGCAAAAAGAAGAAUACUGGAGAAGGCGAGAAGAGGAAGAACGCUGGAGGAUGGAAAUGAGACGAUAUGAAGAGGACAUUUACUGGAGGAGAAUGGAGGAAGAGCAGCAUCACUGGGAUGACCGUCGCAGAAUACCAGAUGGAGGAUAUUCUCAUGGUCCUCCGGGAACUCUAGGCAUGCUGGGAGUUAGACCAGGAAUAUCUCCUCAGCCCCAAGGACCAGCUCCUCUACGUCGACCUGACUCCUCUGAUGACCGGUAUGUGAUGACCAAACAUGCAGCUAUAUAUCCAACAGAGGAAGAACUUCAAGCAGUUCAAAAAAUUGUUUCUAUUACUGAGCGUGCUUUGAAACUUGUUUCUGACAAUAUGACUGACCAUGAAAAAAGCAAGAACAAAGAGGGAGAUGACAAAAAAGAUGGCAGUAAAGACAGAACUUUGAAAGGAGUUUUACGGGUAGGCGUUUUGGCUAAAGGUUUGCUACUCCGUGGAGACCGAAAUGUCAGUCUUGUUUUGUUAUGUGCUGAGAAGCCUUCAAAGAUGUUACUCAGUUGUAUUGCUGAAAGUCUUCCCAAACAACUUGCAGUAAUAAGUCCUGAGAAAUAUGAUAUCAAGUGUGCAGUCCCAGAAGCAGCAAUAAUUUUAAAUUCAUGUGUGGAACCCAAAAUGCAAGUUACUAUCACACUGACAUCUCCAGUCAUUCGGGAGGAGAACAUGAAAGAUGGAGCUAACAGCCCUGGUCCAAAGCCGAGUAGCCGAGGGACUUGGCUCCUGUCAGGGGUUGCUGCCAAGACAUCGGAAGGAUUUUUGACCAAGGUUUUCUAA